AUGAUGAUGGUGCCGGACCUGUUCUUCCGAACGCUUACAAAAAACAGGGAGGGGUCGUGGGACAAGGCGGCGCGGGACCCCAACGACGAGAUGGUGCACGCCGGCCUCACGCCGGACAACAUCCGGAAAUGGGAGUACCUCAAGGGCAUACAGGGGCAAAACGAAACGUUGUUCUACCGCGUGCUUUUGGACAACUUCGCCGAGAUGGCCUCCGUGGUGUACACCCCGACGGUAGGGUGGGCCUGCCUGAACCUCUCACGCAUGUUCCGGAUCGCGAGGGGUAUGUACUUCUCGGCCAAGGACCGCGGGCACAUGGUCUCCAUCGCCUACAACUGGCCCAGCCACGAGGUGGACGCCAUCGUCGUCAUGGGCGGUUCUAGGAUACUUGGGCUUGGAGACGUGGGCAUGAACGGCAUGGGCAUCUCGAUCGGAAAGCUAGACCUCUACGUGGCGGCCGCGGGCUUCCACCCGGCCCGAGUGCUCCCCUGCCUCAUCGACCUCGGGACCAACAGCAAGAAGCUUCUGGCGGACGAUAGGUUACAACGGAGCGCGAAAGCCUACCUCGGUCUUAACCAGGAGCGGCCAGAUGGAGACGAGUACCUCCAGGUGGUGGAUGAGUUCGUUGCGGCGGUCAAGGCCAGGUGGCCAAAGGCCUUGAUUCAGGUUGAAGACUUCCGCACGGAGUAUGCCAGCAAGCUCCUAGAGCGCUACCGCUACAAGCACCUCUGCUUCAACGACGAUGUACAGUUUCGGUUCUGUUCCCGUUCUUGCUGUUGGUGGCAGGGCGCGAACUUCUGGGUCAUGAAUGCGGACGGUUUGGUCACAGAGGCGAGGUCUUCGACCGUCGAGAAGGCGACUCGCCGAUUCGCUAGGCCAACGGGAGGGAGAGAGCUGAAGGACGGCUCAAACGUGGAACAGGCAAGUUCAUACGUAGAGAUUUCGUAG